AUGACAGACUCUGGCUCUGGAUCAUCACUGAUGCCCCUGAGAGGCAUUCUGAAGAAUUCUCAUCCAUUUGAUGAACCAGAGCUUUUAGUUCACAAUCCCGACUGCCCCCUGCACUGCCAGUCCUCCCCAGUGCCCCUGACCCAGCUGCAGUGUCACCUCAGCCUUGGUUCCAACUCAGCAUCACUAUCCGACCCAAGCAUGCCCCUCAAAGGCAUCCUCAGGACCAGCAUCAGCUCUGGGGUGACGGAAACACAGAAAGAUUGUAACAGUUCUAAAUUUCGGAAGAGACAGAGAUGGGACGAGGGCAACAUCCUAGCCACUAGCUGUCACUCCUGGCUGAUGCCUGUGUCAGGGAGAAAGGAUGUCAAACCUGGGCCUCAUCUGUGUAGUGUCACCAUGUUGGAUGGAGGUGCAGGCACCAGUACAUCAGGAGAACAGCUAUGUCUGUGUAUGAGUAAGAGGAAGAAGAGCCAGAGCUGGAAUGAGAUGAGUAUUAUGGCCACUCAGCCUCCCUACACAGACAACCCCUGGAUGAAGGCAGAUGAUGGGUUCACUGCCUCUGUGGCAUGGCAGUCCCUGUCCCUCAGGGAUGAGGCAGGACCCAGCCACAACACUACCAGCACCUCUUACAGCCAGCCUCCGUGGUCUCCUCUGAAGCCUGGGAAGAAGUGA